AUGUCCCCUAAUCACUCUAAAGUUAGAAUACAUGAGAUAAUUAAGCCUUCAUCUUGCUCUCAAAGACUUUUGUUAGGCUGGAAAGGGGAUGUCAUAAGGGAAGAGUAUAUGAACAAAGGGGUAGAUAUUGGGGAUAUAAGGGAAGACGAUGUGAACAAAGGCAGUGAGUAUGAUGAUAGUGAUAAUAAUGAAGGCAAUGAUUAUGAUGAUAGUGUGGAUCUUAUUGUUAAAGACAAUAUGGUGGAGGACGUUGAUGUUAACAUGAAAGAUUUUUAUUUGAACAUUGAAAGGAUGCUGAAUGGGUAA